GCCCCUUUGUUCACCCCCCUUCCCUUCAUCGUAUAACAGAAUCCAUAGAAGGCAGAAAUGGGGUUUUUUUAUAAUUGAUAACUAGAGAUGAAAUAUAAUAGGAUUCUGACAAGCACUUUGCAAUGAAUGGAUCAGGUCCCAGUAGGUGUAACCUGGGAGAACCACGCUGCCUGUAAAAGAAACCCUGCAAAACUAAAUUCUUUAAUCAUAAAAUCCGUUGUUUUUUUUUAAAAAAAAACUCAUAAAGAAUUCAUCAAGGGACAGACGACACACAGAGUAAAAAGAGCACCAGUUACAAAAGUUUUUUUAAAAAAAAUACUCCCAACUUGAAAAUUGCCGUGCUCCUUAAAAUAUUUAAGCCUGAGGCUGCAACCUACACUCAUCUCCAGGGAGUGAUUCAAUUUAAGCGGGCUACUUCCAAGCUGAGGUAGAAAUGCGUGGCAACUUUCUACUCGGGGAAGACUAAUAUGGAGCCGCCGUUUGCCCUUAAGCCAAUUCCCUUCUGCCUCCCCGCCCCCUCGGCUUUCCCUAUUCGGACGAGAGGCGACGCUCCCUACCCACAAUCAGGCCCAUCACCGCCACAAGAUUUCCGGGACUGCAUCGCACUGGCGCCGAGCGCGCUGCCGCAGCUCAAGGAGCAGGAAGUUCCCGUGGCCGACCGAGCCGGGCAGGCUGUCGUCACGUGACGCAGCGCGUGGAGCCGCGCAAGCCACUCGGCUUGGGUCGACUUCGGGGAUCGGUGACCGCCGCUGGUGUCAUGGUAGCGCCACGGUGGCUGGCCGCCUCUCCUCCUCCCCGGCUGGGCGGUUUUCGCGGGUGAUUUCCUUGCCAUCCGUUCCAUGCAGCCCUUCCGCGGUGGAAGCGUUUCUGCUUCAGGGACGACGGUAGCAGUGUGAGACCUGCCGUGCCGUAGCCUUGCGCGCUUGCCCGCUUUGGAUGGCCCUGUGGAUGCCGCGGACGGCGAGACUACUGUAAUAUGCUCACUCGGAUGAAGUCUGCCAUGGCCAAUUUGGUGGGAGGCAUCAUGUCUGGUAGCUCGGGUUCGGAGCCCAGCGGGGGCUUGGAUUUGCCUCCCCGUUUUCCUUACGGCAGACCCGAGUUCCUGGGGCUCUCUCAGGACGAGGUCGAGUGCUCCGCCGAUCACAUAGCCCGACCCAUCCUCAUUCUCAAAAAGGAGACCGAAUGCUUGCCCUGGACCACGGGAUACGCCGAGGUGAUCAAUGCAGGGAAAAGUACACAUAAUGAAGACCAAGCAAGUUGUGAAGUGCUUAUGGUGAAGAAGAAAAUGGGGACAACUAAUUCAACACCAAACAGAAAUUCCUCAAGUAAGCGGAGAUCGUCCUUGCCCAAUGGGGAAGGAUUGCAGUUGAAAGAGAAUUCAGAAUUGGAUAGCAUCUCUUUUCAUUACUGGUCGUUAUUUGAUGGCCAUGCUGGAUCUGGAGCAGCUGUGGUAGCCUCCAAAUUGCUGCAGCAUCAUAUUGUAGAGCAGUUGCAGGAGAUUGUGGACAUCCUGAAAAACUCUGCUGUUCCUCCCCCAACUUGCCUGGGGGAAGAACCAGAAAGCAUGAAUGCCAACAGCAGAAUGCUAACCCGGGCAGCCUCAUUGAGAGGAAGUGUUGGAGCUCCAGGUUCACCUGGCACUCCAUCUACUCGCUUCUUUACAGAAAAGAAGAUCUCGCAGGAAUGCCUUGUUAUUGGAGCUGUUGAAACUGCAUUCAGGGAAAUGGAUUUGCAGAUAGAACGUGAAAGAACUGUCUUCAAUAUAUCCGGUGGUUGUACAGCUCUUGUGGUAGUGUAUUUACUGGGGAAACUCUAUGUGGCAAAUGCAGGUGACAGCAGAGCCAUAAUAAUUAGAAAUGGAGAGGUCAUUCCAAUGUCUUCAGAAUUCACACCAGAGACAGAGCGUCAGCGGCUCCAGUAUCUGGCAUAUAUGCAACCCCAUUUGCUGGGAAAUGAGUUUACACAUUUGGAGUUUCCAAGGAGAGUUCAGCGAAAGGAAGUUGGGAAAAGAAUGCUUUAUCGAGAUUUCAGCAUGAUUGGCUGGGCAUACAAAACCAUUGAAGAGGAUGACCUGAAAUUUCCCCUUAUAUAUGGAGAAGGCAAGAAGGCUCGUGUCAUGGCAACUAUUGGGGUUACAAGAGGACUUGGAGAUCAUGACCUAAAAGUGCAUGACUCAACCAUAUACAUCAAACCUUUUUUAUCUUCAUCACCAGAGGUAAGAGUUUAUGAUCUUCUCCAGUAUGAGCAUGGAUCAGAUGAUGUCCUCAUCUUAGCUACCGAUGGACUAUGGGAUGUACUAUUAAAUGAAGAAGUAGCGGAAGCCAUCACUAAUUUUCUGCCAAACUGUGACCCUGAUGAUCCACACAGGUACACACUAGCAGCUCAGGAUUUGGUAAUGCGAGCUAGGGGAGUGCUGAAGGACAGAGGCUGGAGGAUAUCCAAUGACCGACUGGGCUCAGGAGAUGACAUUUCGGUCUACAUCAUUCCUUUAAUAUAUGGAAAUAAACUCUUGUAAAAGCAGUAUCAGUGCUAGUGACAGGAAAUGUUUGAUUAUUAACAAGGUCCUUUGGAAAAGACAUUCCUCUGAUAAAUGAGAGUAGUAGUUCAAACAUUCUUUUAAGCUUGAGUAACCUGAACUCUUUGUACCUGAAAUCUAGGGCUAAUUUGUACAUAAGCUCAGCUUCCCUAAGCUUAUAUUAUCGUUACAUAUCAGGACCAGAACUUCAAUGCUGCUAGUAUAUUUAGUGCUUUCUUUUUAAUAUCCCUCCUGGUGAGGACACUGUUGUGAUCUAACUGAAUUUAUUUUUCCCAGUUUAAUGUAGCCUAGAAUGCUAAAUGAGAGGUGAAUUGGGAAAACCAUAACUGAAACUGGAUAGGCAACCUUUUCCCAAUUUCUGUGCUAGCUGACUUUAAUUUAGAAGACAUUUAAUUUAUAAUUAUUAAAAUUACAAAACCUAAUAUCUAUUUAGGUAUUGUUUGCUGAAGGUAGUGAUGUUUCAGUGGAGAGGUUCUGGAGUUUUGCUUAUGCAUAUGAAUUCAAGCUUUUUUUCCCUCUUCACUGUAAUGAAAAUGUAUAGGUCUUUCUGUGUGCUUGGGUGGUGAAAUUAGCUUUUUUUCUGGUUUCAGUCUUAACACCUGUCAAUAAAAUUGCCUAAGAGAAUAGGGAAAUAUUGGGUGGUAAGUCUAUUUUUGUGUAUCUUUUUGUCAAGUGUGUAGUUAUGAUGUAGCAGACUGGGAGAUUAUUUUUACUUAAUAUUUAUUUGUUAAUCAGAUUUUUCAUGCAUUAGAUGCUUUGGCCUCCUCUUUCAAUAGGAUACUGUAUUCCUAUUGAAAUAAUUUUCUUAAAAAUUCUGUUGAUUUGGAUUUACUGGAUAAAUGUUCGUCUUGUUUUUUCUUUAGCUAUUUAAUGGUAGUGAGUAUUAGAACAUUCCUUUAGAACAAUAAGCUUCUCCCAUUUUCCUACUGUACUCUUUGAACACUAAUUUCUUUUACUGCUUAUAUUAUAUUCCAUUGCCAGGAUGCAGUUGUUAAAAUGUAAAUUAUAAAUCCAUGUAGUAUAGCAAGAACUUCUGAAGAACAAACUUCAUUAGUUUAUUUGUAAUUGUCAGUAUUAAUGAAAUAUAAAAAUAGGAACAUAUAUUCCAGUAAGAAACUUACACAAGCAAAGUAUUCAUAAUUAUACAUGCAUACAUAAUACAAGCCACCUCUUCUGGAAUAAGAUGCUUGAGUUGGAUUCCUCAGGUAUUAUCUUCUCAGUCGAGAAAUCUAGUAACAUAUUCUAUAU